GCCUCGUGUUCGAUCAAUUGCCCGCCUUACAACACCGGAAGUAAAAAGCCAGAAAGGGAUCACCAGACUCGUGCCGCUACAGAACCGCUCCUCCCCGGCAAGGAAGAACUUCCGAAGAGACAUCUUAGUCGCGACCGCUCCGUCCGCUCCUUUCGACAUUCGUGCCGUGGAAUUGUUCCUCCAUGUUAUUCAACUAAGAAACAUUCACUACGAAAUUAUCUAGAGCCGCGGCUCGUUGAGCAUUUGCUCUACCCCCCAGGAUCAGGGCGUGGCGAACGUGUAGACGGUUCGUAUCUUGUGUUUUACUUGGUGUUUCACUCAAUUUGCUCUCUGGGAUUGCCCUUCGUCCCAUUGAAACCCAAUUUGCUGACUCGGGAUCUUGUCCGUUGUUACAGCCUCAGACCGUCUACCUUCCCGUCCUGAACUGGUUCUUUUGCUUUUUCUUUUAUUUUCAUUAUGCCGUCUUUCUUCGCUCCCGGCCUCCAGGGCCUUCCUCCUACUCCUCCCCAUAUCUUGAGCGGUGGCAGGAUGGAACACGAUCAACCCUUCUACCUCCUCGGUCCCUCGGCCGCAUUCCCGCCUCGCUACCCCCAGAACGGCUGUGACUUCAUUGAGCAGUACUCCCAGUCGACCUGCUACUCCAAGCCCAUGAACUCGCAGUCCGCUCUGGGCGUCCGCAAUGGCCGGGAUAUGGUCGCCGCUCACUCCGCGCUCAACCAGCCCAUGUUCGGUCCUCUGGGUGCCGCCAACGUUUUGCCUCCCAUCCGCAACAACGUUCAGUUGCCCCCGAUGGAGAGUGCCAUCCCGCCCCAAUACCGACGCCAAGAGAUGAUGGUGCAGCCCGAACCCCAGCGCAAGGAGGAAAAGGCCACUGGAGGUGUCGCCGCCCACUUGGAUUAUGAGAUGGACCAGAUGUCCGACUUUGUGGCUGAGAUGGCCCAGGGAAUGUAUGCUUUGUACAUCACCAAGAUCAACCUAGCAGAUAUUGACUUAGCGCGAAGCGUCUACCCAGGAUCGUCGGUCCCCCCUCAGUUCCGAAAAUACGUCUACCAGAUUUUGUCAUCCACUCGUCUCCCGAGCUCCACCAUCCUUCUGGGACUCUACUACCUAGCCAGCAGGAUGCGCAUGCUUUCUUCCACCAAGGUGUUCCACACCGGCAGUGGCCAGGUCUACCGCAUGCUCACCGUGGCCCUCCUUCUGGGAAGCAAGUUCUUGGACGACAACACCUUCCAGAACAAGUCCUGGGCUGAAGUUAGCAACAUCCCUGUGAGCGAGCUGAAUUCGAUGGAGCUCGACUGGCUGUUUGCCUUCGAGUGGAAGAUUCACGACCGGAUCUACGACCAGCAGGAUGGCUUUGCGUCAUGGUUGUCUCACUGGGAAACCUGGCGUACCAAGACCGUUGCUCGGGCGCAAGAGUCCCGCCAUGCUUUGGCUCCCAUCGACACGAAUGUCUCCCGCAGCCACCGCGUGUCGAAGCCUUUGCUCUCGCCCGAAGGGCCGAUCCCACCCCAGUACCAGCGCAGUACUAGCUAUGAAACCUCGUGGCUGAACCCUGCCGCGUCGGAGUAUUCGCCGCCCUCUGCACCUCACACGGGACCGAACACUCCGGACUACUACGCAGCUGGGCCGUGGUACACGCAGCCUCCCCCGCCAUACUCGCGUACCUGGGUUCCUCCGCCCCAGCAGUACAUUCCACCGGCCCCUCGCUCCCAGCCUCCGUCCUACCACCACACCCCCGCAUAUGCGCUACCUUUCGCGCAGAGCGUGUGGACGGGCCACGGGUCAUCCUGUGGUUGCCUGUAUUGUGCCAAGCAUAUGGAGCACUACAUGUGUGCGAACCCGUUUGGCUCGAUGCAACCGAUCGUGGCUGGUUAGUCAGGGGCU